AUGCCGCCACGAGGUAUCGACACUCCUGGCAAAGGACGCGGAUUUUCCGAAUCCUCGCAAGUCGAUGUCGAGAAUCUAGCUACUGAGACGCCAACCGCGCCAUCUCUGCCACGAGCUCAAGAUCAAGAAGAGUACCAAGAUAGUGACGGUGAAGAUCAAUCUGUUACUGACGGAGCGGAUGGAACUUAUCAAGAAAGCAUCACUUCCAACAAGCCACGUAUUAUACUUCAACCUUCUCGAUGCUUGAGAUCAAAGGCGGCCAAACAAGCGCCAACGCAACAAGGACUGCCGACACCGAGUCAGAUUGAGACCCCAAAUUCGAGGAAAAGAAGUGGUGAGAAACACGAUGAUGCAACCGCACGGCCUGAAAAGCGCGGCAAGAAACCUGCGGUCGAUCCUAAAAUUAAAAAGUAUGAGAAGGCUUUUGAUGAAUGGCUGGAUGACUACAAGUCGAAAACUCAGAGUCUUGAAACUCUCAAAACCAAGAACCAAGAACUGCACCGUGAAAAUGAUUCUCUGAAGAAAGAUCUCAAGCAAUUACACCAAGAUCAGAAACGAAAAGAAGUGUCGCAGCAAUCACAUAUCGCCCAGUUACAAAGCGAGUGCAGUAAGCUGAGAAGAAAGCUAGAGGCUGCUAUCGAUGCUGCUAAACAGGACUCUGGCAAAUAUACCAAAGUGUCGGACUCUGAUAUUGCUGCGGGAUGGGGGAGAUUAUGCUUCAACAUUCGCGACAUAGUCUCUCAGUGCUUAACCAACCGUCCCGCCAAUGAGUGUGACGAGAUUGAGACUUUGAUGAAACGAAUGAAAAAGUUCCUGCCUCUGUCCCGGUGCAAUGUUGCCAGUCUACGAGUUGCUGUACUUCGACGAUCGAUAUGGUAUACAAUCAAAUCCGCUGUAUUUUCGGGGAUGCGGCCUAUCUGGUACGGAGAAGCUGGCCAGACGUUGACACAAAUCUUGCUUAUAGAGGCUAACACGUCUCCUCCCAUAGGCCAAAGAUGUUUCAAUAAACCUCACUGCCUCAAAAUGCUCAGCCAGAUGAAAUUUAGAGCGAUUGCUGGUCUCAAUGAUGGCCCUCAGCUCUAUGAAAGAGCCAAAGGAGCCACGCUUAUACUGGUUGAAGCUGCCAAGAUCAUGCUUUCCCCAUUCAUCCAAGAUUCGAUGAUGGAUCAAUUUGAAGCCAAGAUGAACAAGUUGAUUAUGGACGCAGUUGAUCUUCAAACCAUGAUGAUGAGUUCAAAAGCCAUUUACUUCCUGCGGUGGCUUGGAGAUGAUGAUGGCGCGCAAUUCACCCCUUAUAACCGAGAAAUGAUGGAAUCCAUGCAAAGCGAUGUGGACACCUACACAUCUCGAUAUUUUGUGGAGUUUGUCGAAGCGCCGGCCUUGAUAAAAUAUGGCAAUGCAGAUGGCGAGGAUUUUGAGUUUCAUAUGAUCCUUUGGAAGUCUUCGGUCAUACUUAGAGAACUGGAGGUCAUACCUAAUUCGGACGAUGGGUCUAUGCAUAUGGCGGUAUAA